GCCGCGGCUCGAAUGGCCCCGUUCUCAGCUUCUGCGCUGCCGCUGUCCAGUACUGAGCGUUCAGCACCGCGAGCGGAGGACAGCUCCCGACCCUCCGAGAAACACACAGCAGACCGCCUCAGAACCGCUUCAGCCGGCCUCAUCCACCACCGAGCGCUGUGGCCAUGUACGAUGGGGCGAGGGUUCCCUCCCCUGAGGACGGCGCUAACGGGGUCCCGCUGCAGCCCGAGACCCCCGCGGCCACACAUCCCAAAGCUAACGAGGAGCCGGAGGAGAAGGAGGGCGUCUCGCCUGAGCCUGUCCUGGUGAAGAAGGCUCACCGUGAAAUUCUGGACCAUGAGAGGAAGAGAAGGGUGGAGCUGAAAUGCAUGGAGCUUCAGGAGAUGAUGGAGGAACAGGGGUAUUCCGAAGAAGAAAUCCGACAGAAGGUUGGAACGUUUCGGCAGAUGCUGAUGGAGAAGGAGGGUGUGAUAACUCGAGAAGGCUUGCACCCACGUCCACCGGUCAGACUGCUUCCUCACGAGGAUGAAGAUCAUGUGGAAAACGCUGCAUACAUUGACGGCUAUGAGGAAGACUAUGAGUGGGAUGGAGAAUAUUACAAGCAAGAUUCAACUGCCUACGAUGAGUGCAGAUCCAAGAGGAAAUCCAGCAGUUCACCUUCCCCUCGGCCAAAGAAGAGGAAAAAGAAGAAGGCAAGAAGACACAGUCGAGCCGACAGCUCGUCUCCAACCCGCAGAGACAAGAGGAAGAAAAGCGGAAAGAAACACAAAAGAGACAGGUCCACAUCUGGCUCAAGGAGGAAGAGGAGACACAGAUCUGGGAGCCCCAAAAACAAACACAAAGACAAGAACAAACAGAAGAAGAGGUGUUCAGUGGAGUCUCCCAGCAGGAGUUCUCAGCACAGAGGCAGCUGCUGUAGUUCCCGCAGCGGAUCCGUCUCCUCCACCGCCAGCGUCUCCAAAUCACCCACCAGAUCAAAUGCAAAGUGCAGGAACGAUAGGCACAAACAGGAAGGAAGUCACUCCAGCCACAGCCCACCGCCGUCCCUCAGCGCUGACCAGCCAAUCACGUGGCAGAAUGGCAACCACAGCGUCCGUGUCCGCAACGGCAAAGAUUCGGGAGCCAAUCACACGGAGGGGGAUAAAGGGAACGAUAGACUACGAUCUCUGGCUCCGUCUCCCUCGAGCGCGCAGACGCAUGUGUCGCCUCAUCUAAGAUGUGCUAAACACCACGCCGACCAUCCCAAGAGCCCCGGAGGACCAGCGGCGCAGAUGGGAGAGGACGGCAGCGCAGACGACAGCAAACCGCUCUCAGAGUCGUUGAGGAGACGCGGCGGGAGGCCAAGGGUUCGAGAGAAGACGUCGCACUCACCGGCGCACAGCAGUGACACUGAGCCACACACAAAAACCAAGAAUCAGAAGAAAAGGAAAGCGUGUCAUUCGUCUAAGCGGCACCACCGCGGACGCGGACAGAAUCGCCACCGGAGCUCCUCUGUGUCACCGGGUCGGCACAAACACACGUCCAAGAAGAAGAAGGGCAAGAGUCACGGGACGGCCCGGCAGCGCAGCAGCUCCUGGAGCAGCGGCGGAUCAUCUUCACGAGCUCAUUCUAGAGAACACGGAUCCAGCAAGAACAAAUCACCACACGCCCGACAGAACAACUCCAGGGAGAGAGACAGUCCUCAUCACUCGGAUGCAGAACGAGCUCGCCGCCGCUCGCGCAGCUAUUCUCCGAUCCGCAAGAGGCGGAGAGACUCGCCCAGCUUUAUGGAAGCCCGCAGGAUCACCAGCGCACGAAAGCGUCCCAUCCCAUACUACCGGCCGAGCCCGUCCUCUUCCAGCUCGGGCAGCGGCUACAGCAGCUCCAGUCGCAACCGCAGCCGCAGUUUCUACAGCUGCAGCAGCUACAGUCGCAGUCGCAGCCGGAGUCGCUCCAGGAGCCCGAGUCCUGCGCACAGUUACUACAGCCAAAGCAGCUACGACAGCCCCGGAUUCUGAGACCCAGUGACGGUACGGAGGGGGAGAUGAAAGAAACGUCUCAACCGUACAGGAUGCCCACGGCCCCUUUCUACUGCAGGAUCUGUGCUGAAGAAAACCACUAUAUAACGUGCAGGUUUAGUGCAGCAGGUGUCAGGGUUUCCGGCUGGUUAUGUGGCAGGAUGAACAAACUGAACAAAAAUCAUGUCAGUGGUGAAGUGGGUAAUUGCACUGGAUACAAAUGAUUUUCUUACUCAGUAUUUUUUAUUAAUUUUUUGUUCUCCAGUACAGAUAAAUGGACCCUGGAGCACAAAACCAAUCUUAAGUCUCUGGGGUAUAUUUGUAGCAAUAGCCAAAAAUACAUUGUAUGGG